AGAACCGCGAUGGCUUCCUCGCUGUACAGCGUGAGAAUCAAACGUGGGAGGCGACGACGCCUCACCGCUAAACUCUUUAUAUGGAAAGAGAAAACUUGUCCCAACAGCAUUAACAGUUUAGGGCUUAACCAUGGCGUCUCCGAGGCCGAAAUCUCCUCGUCCUACUACACCACAGAAGAAAAAAGAUGAAUCUUUUUUCGAAUAUUUAGGAACUCUAGGUAGAAGAAAGAAAAUAAAAGAAGCCAAUGAGCUAGAAGAAGAAGGGAAAAAUGCUAUUGAUUCAUCUGGAAGUCCCACAUCAGCAGAGCUACCACCUCAAGAUUAUGUGCUUGAUGAAUAUGAGGAACGAUCUAUGAUAGAGCCUUCUUCCUAUGAAAAUCCAAAAUUGAAGGAGCUGAUCAAAGUUUUGAUUGAAUGGAUUAAUGAUGAACUGGCAAAUCAAAGAAUUAUUGUUAAAGACAUUGAGGAAGAUUUAUAUGAUGGCCAGAUUCUUCAGAAGCUUCUUGAUAGACUCACUUGUUUCAAACUGUUUAUUUUGUCUGUAAAUGAUAAAGAUGUAGAACAGUUAUGCUCAUACUGUUUGUUUAAGAAAGAGUACUUUUUUUUAUUAACUAUGAAAUAAAAUUUUCAUGCAUAUCUAGAAAGUUAGGAGGUGAAAUAAUGGAACAUUUCAAUUUUUACUUAUUCUUUAGGUAUCCAUUCUAAGAAUGUAAUUUCCAUUCUUCAUCUACUCGUUGCUUUGGCUCGUCAUUUCAGGGCCCCCAUUAGGCUUCCUGAAAAUGUAAUGGUGAAUGUGGUUGUUGUUCAGAAGAGAGAAGGAAAGCUACACACACGAACCGUGCAAGAAGAAUUAACUUCUACAUAUGAUGAUCUUGGAAUGAGGGUUGAGAGAGAUGCAUUUGACACACUUUUCGAUCAUGCCCCUGACAAGUUGCAAGUAGUGAAAAAGUCACUGGUAACUUUUGUCAACAAACAUCUAAACAGAAUAAACUUGGAUGUUACAGAUUUAGACAACCAAUUCCAUGAUGGGGUGUACCUGACUCUCCUUAUGGGAUUGUUGGAGGAAUACUUUGUUCCACUCUAUUCCUUUAACAUGACACCAACAGAUUUUGAUCAGAAAGUACAUAAUGUUGCUUUUGCUUUUGAACUAAUGAUGGAUGCUGGUCUAGCUAAGCCAAAAGCUCGACCUGAAGAUAUUGUGAACUUGGACUUGAAAUCUACCCUGCGAGUUCUUUACAACUUGUUUACAAAAUACAAGAACUCCAGCUAAACAAUUCACCUGCAGAGACAAAAAAUUGUUUGUCUACUUUAGAAGAUUUAAACAAUAACUUGUGCAGCUUAGAUAUAUUUGUAGUCUUAUUACUGUGUGUAAAAAUAGAGGGUCUGUUUUAAAAAUUAACAGCUGUUAAUCAUCAUAUAUCAUCUUAGGAGGAAUGUCAGUUUAGCUAGUACAUUAUUAUUACAUUAUUUAGGUUUUAAUGGGAAUUAAUAGUAUUGUUUUAGGAUCGGUCUCAUAAAGCUGUUAAUGAAGUUAGGACUAUAAAUUAUUUUGAAAUCACAUUUUGUUUGUGUAUCAUAUGUAAAACAGUAAUUCUCAGUUAGAAUUAUUAUUGUUAAAUUAUAAUUCUAAUAGUUGAUACCAGACUGUAAACUUGCUGUUGUACUAUGAUGCUGUUAUCUAACAUAAAGUUUAUUUUAAAGAAUAUUUAUUAACAGAAUGAGUGUUUUAUAUUUAGAUGAAAGAAUUUUAAUUGUGUGUAUAUUCAUUUUGAAUCUUUAAUUUUUUUUAUACAUAAUGCUCAAGUUUUAAAUAAAGAUUUCAUCACUUUUAAAGUUUUAGGUGACAGUAUAAAACAUCCUUUUGUGUGGCUCAGGUAAAUCUAUGAAACUAGAAGAAAAUUUAGUUUCUAUCAACUUUAUUUCUAACAUUUUAUAAUUACUUUAUAUAUGGUAUCCAUUAAGAACUUUAUUUUUGUUGCAUUUAGAGAUAUUGUAUAUUAAAUAACCAAACCAAUGGAAUGCAGUAAAUAAGAAAUGUACCAAGAAAAA